ACUUUUAUACAAUGUCUGAAAUUUUUACUCCAGACGACGAGUCGAUUGACGGCUCAGAGUCUGGGAUCGUCUCCGAACAGGUCAUGAUACUUGCCAACAGCAUUCUAGCAGAGUUGCAAAGAGUCAUGGAUACGUACGCGGUCGAGGCGCACGAUUUUACACAACUAACAGGCCUCAUUACGUCAGCUCUGGAAGAACUGGACUUCUCUCUAACCGAAAAGAGCAAAGCGUCGUUUCAAUUAGAACAGAUGGAAAUCGAAAUGGCACAGCUGCUGCAGCGCUUGAACGAGGAACGAGAAUCUAGACAAGCAACAGAUGAGCGUUAUAUUUCUCUGGAAGAUAGUUAUGGAACGGAGAGACGAAAACUGCUCAGCCAAGUACAGCAAGUACAGAAUGAGAACAAACAGCUGGUUAGCAAACUGCAAACAAAAGCUGACCAUGUGGCUCGGCUGGAAGAGGAACGUGAUGAUAUAAAUAGAAGAUAUCAAGAGCAUAAUGCAAAACAUACAGAGGAUAUUGGACGAUAUCUGAGGAAGAUAGAACAGCUGCAGGCGACUGAAGAUGCUUUACGGCAGAGGACGACUAGUGUAGUUCAAAAGCGUUUUCGGUCAUCAUCCACAUUAUCUUCAUCAUCACAGAGUAAAGAACGUAGUCUUAGUCAGAAGGCUACAGAUGUAAGUCCUCUUGUCACAAGUCCAACAGAGCCACCUAAGCUGAAUGAUGAGGAAUGCAGCAGUGAAAAGGCUAGUGAACCUGCUGCUCCAAGCUCAGUUACACGAGGCUGGAAGGAAGAAAUGAUGUCUCCUACAACUGAUCUGUUAGGCAAUGGUGCCUCUACAUCACUUCAUAAUGUCAUACAAGAUAUGGAGACUAGACGUGCACAAAUUGAUCAAGAAGAUGAAAAAUUGUAUGCUGUUGAACAAGAGGAAAUAGUCGAUGAGAAACAAAACACUGCAUCCCUCAGUGAAGAACUGUUGCUCAGUAACGAGCCUGCACCUCAUGUGGAGCAAGUGAAGCAGCUGAUGAGUGAGGCACAAUUGUUAGAAACACAAAGACAGAAACUCACAUCAAAGAACAGUUCACUAACAGUACAAAUUGAAGAGCUUCAAAGUGAGGUCGUCAAACAAAAAACUGAGAUUCAGAUGAAAGAAGCAAAUGAACAACUUUUGGAACAUUGCAUUGAACAUCUGAAAGGAGAAAUUCGAAGAUAUAAAGAAGCUGAAAAGAAAGGGUCUGUUGGAGACGCUGAUGGCAGUAAAAAGAAAGGAGUAUUGAGCUACACUAAGACUGAGCUGGAUUCUGUUCUAAGGCAAUAUCACUUUUAUAAAGAGAAAUGUCAUGAUCUUCAAGAAGAGCUGCAGAGAACAAGAGCUGCUGCUUUGGCAUCUUCACAACGACAUCAGUCUGGCAUCAGGAAGCUGCUUUCUCGUCUCUUUACUAAGAUAAGUGGGAGCUCUUCUCCAGCUCCUCGUCGUGCAGACAGAACCUUAGCGAGUCCACGAGCUGACCCUUCUGUGCACAGGAGGCAGAAAGAGAAUCUGAAACUUCUAUCUGCUUCGAUGACUACUGCUCCAUGGACUGUUAUUGACACUGACUCUUUUGUUAUUACCAACAGCUGGAAGGUUGGUCAUGGAGGAAUAAUAGAUCCCACAGCUCCUGCUCUUCCCAUGUAUCACAGUUCUGUGCCUGUCCCUGAGGCUGGUGUCUUGCUUCUAAGUUCAGUGUCUGUGUGUUGUCCUUGUGAGCCAGUUUCGUCAGUUGCAGAGUUGCAGACUGUACCUCAUCGAGUGUUCAUUUGGACAGCUACAUUCAACAACGACGAGGCAUCUCAAAUCCAUGUUGUUGAUGUCACAGUUCCAAUGCAAGCAAAAGUUACCGAGUCAUUCCUUGUCAGUGAUUCUAAAGUUCCGACAAUGGUAUUUGUUCCUACAAUAGCAGCAAGAGCUCACUCUGGAUCGAGUGCGGGCUCUGAAACAACAGAAUCUCUGCGUAGCAAUGAUUCAUCCAGGGAAAGUUAUGAUAGUCAUGAACAAGGAAAGAGACGGUCUUACAGAGCAUCAUCUUUGACAGCUUCUGAAGUUGAAAAUCAUCCAUUGAUGCCUCCUAGAUUAGUGAAAGAUGCUAAUGAGUACGUGGCAAAAACGUUUUACCACUCGUCCAUUUGGGUUGGUACGGAGUCAGGAUGGAUUUACAUCUACUCAACUAUAUCUGAUCCUGGCAGACAACUUCUUGUACAAGACAUGGACCAUCCUGUACAAUGCAUUAGGUUUCUGUUCGACUCCGUCUUUGUUGGAACAAGUGAUGGAACACUAGCUAUGUUUAAAUCGUGUUCAACUGCUUGUUGUGGUUGGGAUCUCUCAAAUCAUAAACGACUUCCAUUGGAUUCCAAGUCGUCUCUCGUUUUGUCAGUCUGUAUGGAGGCUGUUGAUGAUCAGUUGUGGGUUGGAUGUAGCAAUAUGAUCAAUAUAGUUGACCCUGUUACAUUCGUUGUCAAGACAUCAUUUUCUGUUCGAAAUCGACUUAGUAGCGAUGUUUCUGGAAUAUGCUGUAUAGGUAAAGUCGUGUGUGUUUCCAUGCACCGUAGUCCGCAGCUCUUCUUCUUACAUGCACACGGCACGCAGCUACUUCAAGAAAUUGAUAUCACUGGACUAUGCAAUCUGAUUGAUUGUGAACCUGCUGCACCUCUUCAUCAGCCAUAUGUAAGUUGUAUGUUGUCAGUCAACCAACAGAUAUGGAUAGGCACAGCUAGUGGUGUUGUUAUGAUCCUGCACUUGAAGAAUGCUAAACUAAAUCACUAUGAUUUACACACUGGCACUAAUCACGGUCACAAUGAAUUGGGAGACCGACAUAAUCGAACGACUGAUCAGCAAUCUGUCAAAGGAGCGCCCUUUACUGCAAUCUGUAGUUACGAAGAUGCUCAAAUGUCCUGCUUUGGUCACUUAAAUGGUGUCCGCUGUCUGUUGGCUGUUACUGCAGAGGACAUACUGAAGUGCACGAUGAGAGACAUUACAGGCUCAUUUGAAUCUGAUGAUGCCAAGCAAUUUAGUUGGAUGUUUAGUGGUGGUUAUGGAUUCGUUGACCUUCAACUGAAAGAUACUGACGAACGAAACAAGCGAAGACGGUUGUCUGGUGUUCCAUCGACUCCUACAUUACGGCCAGUAACUGGUAAAUUAGCUCAUAACCAGAGAGGGUAUUGCCCCGAUUCGAGAUAUGACAGCCAGCAGUUCUUAUUCUGGAAAUUAUAAUGUGCACUCUAGAUACAUUUCUUAGUAAUUUGUAACACAGACUGAGCAACUUUUAUUUGUACUGUUUAACUAACAAGCUUUUUGAGGCACUG